AUGACCGUCACGUACACAGCCCGCGUGGCGAACACGCGCUUCGGCGGCUUCUCGCAGCUGCUGCUGCUGUGGCGCGGGAGCAUCUACAAGUUGCUGUGGCGAGAGCUGCUCUGCUUUCUCGGGCUCUACAUGGCGCUGAGCGCCGCCUACCGCUUCGUGCUGAGCGAAGACCAGAAGCGCUACUUCGAGAAGCUUGUCAUUUACUGCGACCAGUACGCCAGCCUCAUCCCGGUCUCCUUCGUACUUGGCUUCUACGUGACCUUGGUUGUGCACCGCUGGUGGGACCAGUACCUAUGCAUGCCGUUGCCCGACGCGCUCAUGUGCGCGGUGGUGGGCACGGUGCAUGGGCGCGACGAGCGCGGUCGCCUCUAUCGACGCACGCUGAUGCGCUACGCGGGACUCUCAGCGGUGCUUAUCCUGCGCUCAGUCAGCACUGCAGUCUUCAAGCGCUUCCCCACCGUAGACCAUGUGGUGGAGGCUGGGUUUAUGACCCGCGAAGAGCGCAAAAAGUUCGAAAACCUCAAUUCGUCCUACAACAAGUUCUGGGUGCCCUGCGUCUGGUUCUGCAACCUGGCGGCGCAGGCCCGGCGCGAGGGCCGCAUCCGCGACAACAGCGCCCUCAAGCUGCUGCUCGAGGAGCUGAAUAUGUUCCGCGCCAAGUGUGGGAUGCUCUUUCACUACGACUGGAUAAGCGUACCCCUUGUCUACACCCAGGUGGUGACCAUCGCAGUGUACAGCUACUUCCUGGCCUGCCUCAUCGGUCGCCAGUUCCUGGACCCAGGGCAGGGCUACAAAGGCCACGACCUGGACCUGUGCGUGCCUAUCUUCACUCUGCUGCAGUUCUUCUUCUAUGCCGGCUGGCUCAAGGUGGCGGAGCAGCUCAUCAACCCCUUCGGAGAGGAUGAUGACGACUUUGAGACCAACUUUCUGAUCGACCGCAACUUCCAGGUGUCCAUGCUGGCGGUGGACGAGAUGUACGACGACCUGGCCAUGCUGGAGAAGGAUCUGUACUGGGACGCGGCCGAGGCUCGCGCCCCCUACACGGCGGCCACCGCCUUCUUGCGGCAGCAGCCCUCCUUCCAGGGCUCCACCUUCGACAUCACCCUGGCCAAGGAAGACAUGCAGUUCCAGCGGCCGGACGGCCUGGACUUGCAGAUGGGCGAGACGCACGGCGAUUUCCUGCAGCGCCUCCUGCCGGUGGCUGCGGGCACGGCGGGAGGCCUGCUGGGCCGGCGCCUGUCGCUGUUACGCCGCAAGAACAGCUGCGUGUCAGAAGCGUCCACGGCCGCCAGCUGCGCGUGCGCCACCGCCCCGGAUGGCGCGGCCCCGGAGUGCCGCUGCGAGGACCCGCUGCUCGACCCGUACCUGCGGGAGCCGGAGGCCGAGCUCCUCGCGGGUCCCGAGCCUCUCGCGCCCGUAGUCGGGCCUGCCGCUGAACCUUUCACCUUGGUGUCCAUGCCUGGGCCCCGAGGCCCGGCGCCGCCCUGGCUGCCCAGCCCUAUUGGCGAGGAAGAGGAGAACCUGGCCUGA